AUGGACAAUACUGGAAGCGUGGACGCGUCGGGCUACGCAGAUCGUGCCUGCAACUCUUGUAGACAACGACGGGUCAAGUGCGACAAGAGAUUACCUGGUUGCCAAAGAUGCGAAAAGUUGGGCAGGCCAUGUACCGGCUAUGAUCUCGAACGCAAGUUCCUGGAUGAGGGAGUAAAGGUUAGGAAAAAGUAUGAUGGCGGUUUCCAGACCAUCCCACAUGCGCCUCGGGAGGCCGCUCUUCCAGUUGUCCCAGCACCGACGUUGACCUCGACGACGGCGCCAGUGACGGCGCCGCCUGGCAAGUCAUCACCAAGCUUCAUGUCCAAUAUUCUGAUCGAUGACCGGACUACAAAUGUUCCCCAUUUCAAUCAUUCAUUCAACAAUGGGAGCCCGCCGUAUCAAUCUGGCGCUGCCCCCGUUCUUCCAUCGCCUCACUCUCUCGUUGCCACGCCACCCACUACGAACAGGCUUCUUGGACCAUAUCCACUUGCGAAUAGCGAUUAUCCUUUGUUCGGACUCAGCCCCAAGUAUAAUCUGUUCACCGCACAAGCUACGCCACCGGAAAGUGGUCCAACCACAGGCAAUACUUUACCGCCUUUCCAAUAUAAUCCUGGUGCACGCCUUGAUCAAGACUAUGCAUCAAAUGAGCACCCUACAGCCAAACUAAUCCAAGGCCAAUUGCAAUACGCACCUUCGGAAGUAUCUUUGGACUAUUCUAUGAAUGACGACUAUUUUGACCUAGAUAUUGACGAAUACUACGCAAAUGGCAAUAAUGCGUGUGGAUUCAUACCUGGGUUGCCGGUCAUCGCAACCGAUGCCGCCGAACCUGAAACAGAAGAAGACUUCCUGGCCAGUGACUACGCUUCCGUCAGUGGCAGUAGCGAAGGCCGUCGCAAGCGCACAGAGUAUAGCCAGAAGUAUUUGAAUGAGCGUGCCACCGAACUAACCUGUUUGACACGGCAUUUUGUUCAAGCUAUCUCGCCAUGGAUGGAUCUUUUCGAUCUCGAUACCUACUUUAGCCGCAUAGUUCCCGUUAAGGCGGUGCAAAACGUCAUGUUGCGCUCAGCGAUGGCCGCUGUUGCUGCCAAUCAGAUUGGACAACUUAUGGCCAACAAAACUCCCCGGGAUGGACUGGCGCAUUUGUUUCCCAUAAUAGGGGCUGACGAUAGUGCCACACAGCCGAAAGAUUGGUUUUACAAAGCUGCCAAUUACUACGACCGAGGGAUAUCGUAUCUGAGGAUCUUUCUUCAACGUUGGUUGAACAACCCAGGAAAUGAUCUGACCGGCCUGACCGGCCAUGCAUCGCGAUACAACACCAUGAGAGCUUUAUCGGAGUCCAGUGCUACUGGUCCAGACAAUCGGAAAUCUAGUGUCUCAAACAAGCGCCGUCGUCUGCUCCAAGAACAAUCGUCUGGAGGAGACAUGGAGGCAUUACUGGCGGCUAUAUCGGUGCUUUCGCUCUACGAGACGCUCGAUUCAUCGACGAAUGAUUGGUCACAGCAUUUAGAUGGCUUCAAAGCACUUCUGGAAACGAAAAUUCUUCCUCAAGCUGUAUCUGCUCCCCAUCCUCGAGGCGAUCCCUACAUCUCGAUGAAAGCAGGGCGGGCCGCAUUCUGGAAUUUCGCGAGGGCAGAUUAUCUAGCUGCCUACGUCCACCGUACUCGAACAAGGCUCGAUACCGAAAACCUAACAAUGUGGAGGGCCGCAGGUUUGCCGAUAACUGAGGAUGGAGUACUGAAACAUGGUGAUGAUGCCGCAAACGCUAAUGGGGCAGUGUACCUCCCUAGUGAUCGAGAAGAUUCGGUCGCCUGUUCGUUGAUCUGGAUCGUGCUCCGCGUUAUGAAUUUUGUGGCUCAAGGCGCGGCCCAAGCAUCUCCUAUACAAACACGUAUCUCUCAGUGGAAUCAACUACGACGUCAGCUGGAGGAAUGGUUCGACAAUUUACCUUUCACGUUUCAGCCUUACGCAACCAUGAGCACCUCGCCCCAGACGGAUCUAGACCAAGGCGAAGAGCAUAAAAACAAAUUUGUCCGACUAUUUUUCAGCGUCCCCAUGUGUGCUGCAGCUCUUCAACUCUAUCACUUUGCGCAAAUAGUUUUGCUCCCAAACCAACCAGUGGAUGAGAGGGACAACAGUAAUCUAGCCAAACGAAUCCAGAUGAUGAGGAAUGUCUCAGAGGCUUCCGAUUACCACAGCCGCCAGAUCUGUGGUAUCGCACUGGGAAAGCCACCUCCGGCAGUGAGUCGACAGAUGGUUCAUUCUCUUUACCUAGCAGGGCUGUGCUUCGAGGAGAAUGAGGACAGGAAGGUGGUGCUGGAACUACUACAAAAUAUUGAAAAGGAGACUGGGUCGUCAACCGCUCAACGAGUAAGAGAUCUCAGAGAACAAUGGGGUUGGCAAGGCGAAGUCAUUGAAAUCAUGGAGUAG